AAAAUCCAAAGUAGGCAGCCAAACGGACGCUGAAACCGCCAAGCUUGGCGAAGAAGGCGAAGACCUGUGGGCUUGUGAGGCGAAAUUGGGAGUUGAUGGCUAGCUUCGUCGUAUCGUAUCAUCCGUUCUUUUCACCCACUCCUCGUUUGUAUUCUCCAUCUCCUUCUCCAUCGAUUCCUUCUGUAACCCAAUGCAAGGGUUGGGGUCGCGGGGUUCUGAUGCUUCCCCUUAAGUGCUUGCCCAAGCAAACUCCGGAUUCCGAUACUGCGUCCUCGUCUUCUUCUUCUCCGAGCAUUUCAGCAUAUAGUUGGUGUGCAGGACUUGGAGGUUUAGGGUUUCUGGAAACCACGUACUUGACUUACCUCAAGCUCACCAAUUCCGAUGCCUUUUGCCCCAUUGGCGGUGGCACCUGCAGCGAUGUCCUCAACAGUGACUAUGCCGCCGUUUUUGGUGUUCCUCUUCCAUUAAUUGGAAUGGCUGCUUAUGGGCUAGUUACAAUACUUGGUUUACAGUUGGCUGGAAAGAAUGUGCCUUUUGGAAUUGGUGAAACCAAUGGUCGUUUGCUUUUACUUGGGACCACUACCUCCAUGUCUGCUGCAAGUGCAUACUUCUUGUACAUUCUAAGCACACAAUUUCCAGGAGCAUCAUGCUCAUAUUGUUUAGUUUCAGCUCUAUUGUCGUUCAGCUUAUUUUUCACCUCUCUAAAGGAUUUUCAGUUGAAAGACAUACAGAAAACGGUGGUGCUACAGCUAUGUAUUGCUAGCUUGGUGGUUGCUACUUUAAGCACUUCAUAUAAUACUUUGCCUGUCUCAACAAGCUUGGCUGAAAUUGACCUGCAGCCAUUUACAGUUGAAAUUACAACACAGUCAAGUCCUUUGGCUCUUUCUCUUGCAAAGCAUUUGCGAUCCAUUGGAGCUAAAAUGUAUGGCGCUUUCUGGUGUUCACACUGUGUGGAACAAAAACAGAUGUUCGGACGUGAGGCAGCAAAGCUAUUGGACUAUGUGGAAUGCUUCCCUAAUGGAUAUAGGAAGGGAAUUAAAAUGGACAAGGCUUGUUCAGCUGCUAGAAUUGAGGGGUUCCCAACAUGGGUAAUAAAUGGAGAGGUUUUGAGUGGAGAACAAGAAUUUUCAGAGCUUGCUCGAGCAUCUGGAUUUGAUUUUGACAGUUCUAGUCAAACCUAAUUAAAAUGAGCCAUUGUGGUGGUAGCAUUGCAGACAUCUACAACUCUUGGAUGACUUAGUUGUGGCCAUUGCACAUACCUGUUUCCCAUGUUCUCUUGAACCUUCGAGAGCUCAGGUUGGGGCCCAUGCCAGUGUUUUCCAGAAACUGUUAUUUCUAACGAGUGUGGUGAUGAGAAACAGGGAGAGGGAUUGUACCGAGGGUAAAUAAAAAAUUCACGUCUAUACCUUUUCUUAUUGUAAUCCGUGUUUUAAAAAAGUAGUGUUGAACUGGGCCAUCAAACUGAUAAUUGACUGUAUUGUUUAGUGUCAUGAGUGGCAUCUUGCAAUGAUCAUCCUUAAAGAACAAGAUAUUUGAGUGGCA